AAAUGCAAAUUUUAUUUACGCAAUCUAGAGCAGAAUCAGAAUCAAAUGCACCCAACAAACACAACACAACAUAACAUCAACAACAAAUUAAUUAAACACAUUACCAGAGCGCGAAAAAAUUAACAAAUUAAGCGGUCAAAAAUUGUUUUUUUUAUCGAUUUGGCUACAGCAAAAAAUGGCACAGUAUGGAAACUUUGGGCCUUUGAUUGGUGUUAUAUAUAUUAGCAAUACUCAUUGUACAUUUUUGAUUUAUUCAACGAGAAAUGCUGAAGUAUUAACCUCACAUGAAUUAAAACUCAAACAUAUUGUUCACCAUGCCGGCUGGUCGGAGUAUGAUCCCAAUGAGAUUUGGAAAUACACGCAGGAGUGUAUGGAGGUGGCCUACAAGAAUCUGGUUAUAUUAGAGAUUAGUCCCCAUGACAUCAUCGCAGUGGGUAUAUGCAAUAUGAGAGGGACCAUCGUUGCGUGGGACAAAGCGGGUACAAUUUUGCAUAAUGCCAUAGGCUGGACCGAUUGUCGGUGUACAUCAAUGCUAAAGACGUUACUUAACAAUGUAAAACAAAAUGUUGAUUACUUGCGGCCCUUGUGUGGUCUGCCAUUAAGUACAUGUUUCAGUGCUCUUAAAAUAAAAUGGUUAAUAGAGAAUGUGCCAGCAGUAACAGAAGCUUUGGAAAAUGAUAGUUUAUUGGUUGGUACCAUUGACACAUGGAUAAUGUGGAAUCUUACGGGCUCUGAGACUUGUGGUGUUCAUUCUACCGAUGUCACAAAUGCCCAGUACACCGGUCUUAUGAAUAUUCACACACUGCAAUGGGACAAAAAACUAUGCGAUUUUUAUCGUAUUCCCAUUAAUAUACUGCCAAGAAUACGUUCCAAUUCAGAGAUUUAUGGAUAUGUUAUAGAGGGUUCUUUAAACAAUCUACCCAUAGCCAGUUGCAUUGGUGAUCAAACUGCCGCUUUAUUGGGUCAGCUAUCUCUAGAGGCUGGCCAAAAUAUAUGUUCCAUAGAUGACAGUUGUUUUGUGCUGCUAAAUACCGGCGAAGAAUAUGUGGAUUCUGAAAAUGGCCUACUCUCAUUGGUAUCACAUAAACUGGGACCUAAGGCCAAUACAUGUUAUGCUUUAGAGGGUGCUAUUAGCAAUGCAGGCUCAACAGUGCAAUGGCUUAAAGAUGGCCUGCGUAUAAAUACCGAAAUUAAUUCCAAUGAUAAUGUAGUCGAGGUGUUGAAUACAUUUUUGGGUGAAACCUCUAUGAUCUCAUCGUCGUGUUCCUCAAGCAUAUUGAAUGCUGAGUGUGGUUUGGCAGCACGUAGAUCAGAGAUAACAUUUGUACCUGCAUUUCAUGGUUUAUAUUCGCCAUAUUGGCGAUAUGAUGCUAGAGGCAUACUUCUUGGUUUAACAAGUCAGACGACAGCCGAAAAUGUUACACAAGCCGCUUAUGAGGCAACAGGUUUUCAAAUACACGAAGUUCUUGAAGCAUUUAAGCGUGACACAUACACUUGGGAUUGGAAAAAUAUAAAGGAUCGUCUAGUCUUUGGUGGUGAAUAUGCUGAAAAUAGCCAGUUUGUACAGUUCAUAGCCGAUAUUGUGGGAUUUGUUAUGGAAAGGCCACAAACAACAUCACCAAAUGCUUUGGGAGCCAUGAUUGCUGCAGGGAUAACUAUGAAGGUAGUAGAUAAGAAAUAUGCUCGUAUUGCCUAUAUGCCACCCGCAGAUGCGGUCAGUCCAACAACAACAUCAAAUCGUCGCGCCCUGCUAUAUAAACGCUGGGAGUAUGCUGUGAAGAAAUGUUUAAAUUGGAACAACUAUGAAACUUUUGAGGCAGACAUUGCCCUUUUUGCUCAACGUGAACGUGAUACAAAUCUUCCAAUACGUCGUUCCCUGCCGGGCAGUAUAUUUUUGACCAGUGCAUUUGUAUUCCUAAUAGUAGCCAAAUUUCUAAGCCAGCAUAAUAUAUCUUAAGAGUUAUGUAUUCAUAUUAAGUUAUCAUAUAAAAAUAGUUGUUUUCUCUCCUAGCUGUUUAAGUUUUAAAACGCGUACAAAAAAUGUUGAAUAAUUUUAUAUAUAUUUUAUUAUAAAUGAUUUUAUUUGAAAUUAGUUAGGUUUUUUUUUUCAUUAUUUGCAGUUCAUUUGUUAUCUAGUCAUCAUAUGUUAGAAAUUAAUAAAAUUUGGUAAUACAAUUUAAUUUUUUGAACAAAAUGAAAAUGAAGAAGAUGUGAUGAUUUAUCAUACAUCUAGGGUACCUUUUAUUUUUUUAAUGUCUUAUUAAUUUAGCUUAAAAAACUAAAUAUGUUUUCCUUAAUGACUAUUUUUUUUUAUCGAAUAUGCUGCAUAAAUUGAAAACAAUGAUCUAGACAAUAUGUAUUGAAUUUUUAUUUUUUGAUUUUCAAAAAGAAGAAAAACACAAAUGUAUUCGAAUUACUCUCAUAGAUGUUUGAUAAUAAUCGUUAAAGAUUUGCAAAGGAAAGGAAACUAAAUUAUUUAUUUAAAAUUAUUCCAAUUUAUAUCAAAUUGUACUAAAGUUAUAAAAUAUGCUAAGCCUGCUGAGGCAGUUAGAAAAGUUAAAUGACGAUCCAAAUAAAACAAGCCACAAAUACGAAAACGACCAUCGUACGUUAAUAGAGAAAAGGACAUGUUCUCAAUCUGUAAAGAAAUUGAAAAAACAAAACAAAAUGUUUUUAUUGAACAUUCAAGGGAUAGAUAUACAGUAGUUUGUAAUUGUUAUAUGCUUAAGUGGCAGUAAAUCGAAAAAAUUUAGAAUGUUUCAAUAAACAAUGGGACUGCUAACAUGAUCAAUGUUUUGAUGCUAAACACAAAUAAAAACGAUUCCAAUUACAAACUUA